AGCACACAGCCUGCAGAUACAUGAGAGGAUGAUUUCCCGGGUUAGCAGAGUGAUGUUUCUCCUCAUGUUGAGUUUUAUUCUAGGAACCUCAACUUUCCUCUGGUCCCUGGCCCCUGCAGCGGCCUUCCAGCUGCCUUACUGCCAGCCAGUCAAGCAGAAGUUGUCUCUGCAGAAGGAGGGCUGCUCUGGCUGUCAUACGGUGGAAACCACUGUCUGCAGUGGCCACUGCCUUACCAAGGACCCCUUGAUGAAGAUACGAUCAAUUCAGUACCAGAAUGUGUGUACGUACCGGGACUUUUACUACAAGACAUUUGAGCUUCCUGACUGCCUGCCUGGCGUGGAUCCGUCAGUCACAUACCCUGUGGCUCUGAGUUGUCACUGUGGAGCCUGCAUCAUGAACGCGUCUGACUGCACCUUUGAGAGCCUGCCACCAGACUUCUGCGUGAAACAUGAUUCUUUUUAUUAUUAGGCUGAAGUAACAUCUACUUUAAGAUACAGUGUCAUGAGCAGCCUUAUUCAAUUAAAACUGAAAGGAGAAACAAA